AAUAAAGCUGACAUUAUCAAACUGAAACCUUUGUUUUUAUCUAAUCAAGAUUUUUUUCUCUCCCUAAGAUCCUAUUUAUCCAGUUCUAAUUUCGCUGUGGUAGUGUAACCAUGUUAAAAAUUUUGACUCUUUGUUCCGCCUUAGCGCUGGCUUUAAGUCAGCAGCCGCCUACGGUUGAAUUGGAUGGCCAAGGUACGGUGAUAGGCACACAAGCAAGUGAUGGAAAUUACUUCGAAUUCCAUGGCAUACCAUAUGCGGACGCGACUUCAGGAAUCAACCGUUUCAAGGCACCACUACCGCCACCUUCGUUCCAAACCCCAUUAACUGCGAACCGGAAAAACAUAAAAUGUGUUCGAGCUUUAGGUGCAGGAUAUGAAGGCACCGAAGAUUGUCUGGUAGCCAACAUCUACACACCAAGUUUAGACAAUACUAAGAAACUGCCGGUUAUGGUAUGGAUUAAAGGAAAAGAGUUCGACCAAAUAAUCAAUCCAGAACUAUCGUUCCGCAAUUUUGUUCUAAGGGAUGUAGUUGUAGUGUCAUUGAACUAUCGUGAAUCCAUCUUAGGAUUCCUAUGUCUUGGAACUGAAACUGCACCGGGUAAUGCUGGAUUAAAAGAUAUUAUUGCUGGUUUAAAGUGGAUCCAGAAAAAUAUCGCACAGUUUGGAGGUGACCCGGACUCAAUUACUAUUGUCGGCCAUGGAAGUGGUGGGGCUGCCGUCGACUUGGUCACAAUGUCUCCAAUGAGCAAAGGUUUGGUACAUAAAGCUAUUGCUCAAAGUGGUAACGCAUAUUCGCCUUGGGCAGUAUCUCGUGAUAAUUUGAAACAUGCUCUCGAUGUAGCUGAGGCUCUUGGCCAUACAAUAACCACUAUUGAACAAUUAUCAGAGGUUUUUACUAGAACUAGUGUCGGAGCUUUGAUGGGUGUUAUCAAUGAUCUUGACUUGACUGAUAACUCUUUAGCCUUUGCUCCUUGUGUAGAGCGUGAAGAACUGAAGGGAGUAGAGCCUUUUCUUAUUAAAACUCCUGCUCAGAUUGUAAAUGAUGGAGAAUUUUUAAAUAUUCCUACCAUUAUUGGAUAUGUAGAUUACGAAGGCACUAUUCGAUCUAAAGAAGCAGUUGAUAACGAUUGGCUGAACCGAAUGACAGAAUCGUUCAGUGACUUUAUUCAGCCUGAUUUAGAAAUCGACGAUGAUGAGGUGAAUCAAAUUAAAACAUAUUAUUUUGGACCAGAUAAAACUGAUUUAUAUGAACAGUACCUUGAAUAUCAUGGCGACACAAUGAUUCUAAUCUCUUCUGCGAGAGAAGUAAGAAAUCGAGCUUUUGCCACUACAUCACAAAAUACUUAUUUAUAUCAGUUUUCAUAUAAAGGAACUCUUGGAGACGCAUUUGUUGGACCUAUAAAAGUUGAUUAUGCACCACAUGGUGCAGAAUUGGCUUAUUUGUUCCUGGGAAGUUCUGAAGCGAAUGAUUUAGAUAUUCGUAUUAGUAAUAUUCUCGUUGACAGAUGGACCAACUUUGCUAAGACAGGUAACCCUAUCACCGAACACUCUAAUGUAGUCUGGCGGCCUUAUACCCGAACCGUUCCAAAUUUCCUACGUAUAGGCUCUGCAGAGGAAAUUACUGGAAGGUUGAGAAGCGAUACAACUCCUGUGGAAAUAGGGUUGACUAAUCCUCAUCCAGCAACAGUUUCAUUCUGGGAACAUAUUUACACGUCGCAUUUUUUAGAUGCACAGAGUAACUGGGAGAUUACAGACAGGAACGAAGAUCCUACUACAACAACUACAACAACUACUACAACUACUACAACCCUCAGCCCAGGUGGUAUUGAUGAGUGUGAUGGCGAUGGGGAUGACUGUGGUAAUGGAAAUAAUGAUUGUGAAGGUGAAGACUGCAAAGACGAUAAUUCAGCCACAACAGCUGUUGGCUACACUUUCUUAAUAAUCAGUCUAUUUUCAAUUCUGAACCACUUCCAUUCCUCACAGAUAUUAUCAUAGAAACAACUCAAUAGGAUUACUUCUAUUGUUUCUGCGUUCUCAACAUCAAUAAGCCGUUUUGUUAUUGAUAAACCUUAUCCCUUGAUUUUGAAGAAUGAAUGGUGGAGUGGAAAUGGUCAUUUAAAUUUCUGUUUCUUAUAAUACCUUUUAUUUUUUAUUUAUUUAUCCAUAGGUGUUAAUAUUCCACAAUCUUCUUUGGAUUUCAUACAGAAAUUCAUUUGAAGAACACACACGCUUAUAGUUUUAAGUUUAUUUGUUUUGGGAUAUUCUAAUGUAACGUGAAAAUUCCUAUUGUUUAUCUUUUAUCACUUAUAGUGUAGAACCAAUGUAAUUAAUUACAGAGCACUAGUAUCAUAUUUAUCUAUAAUGUAAAUGACACAUUUUUUUACUAUAAGGCAGACAUUUUAACCAACUUCAAAAUACGCCAACCGAUUAUUGUGGGCUGAUUU